AUGAGUGAAGCCAAAAGUGAAGAUAAAAAGGAUAUUGAAGUGGAGGAGCGGGAAAAAAUGCUGAACGCGGAGAACAAAGCGCAGGAUGAGGUAAGAGAAUCCGAGGGGGUUCAAGCUGACAGUGAAGCCGAGGACAAGAAAAUCACAAAAGAUAUCAAGGAGGGUAUGGAGGUGAAACCCAAAAAAAUCCCUAUUGGAGGUAUUCAGAUGCCAGGAUUCUUCACAAGAAGUAAAUCAAAGGAGAGGUGUAAGGAUGAUGGAGACCAAAAUGAGACUGAAGGAACUGAGCUUCUAGAAAAAAACAACGAGAAAAAUGAAUCUGCUACAUCACAGACAAGGAUCAAGUUACCCAUCCCAUUCAGAAAAUCAAAAGGAGAGGAAGAUGGUAACAAAUCCGGAGAACCUAAGGAAAAGAAGACUCUUAUAGACAGCAUCAGAUUACCUUUGGUUUCUGUUUUUCCAAAGAGAAAGAAAGAUGAUAGCUUGCAAAGUCAAACUGCACAGGCUGAGUUAGCAUCAAUGGAAACCUUGGAUGAAAAAAGUACUGAUGACAAGGGUGCAGAAGAGAAAAAUCAUGAAAUGAAGACAGUCUCAUUGGAUGAGAAACAUCCUGAUGAAGAAAUACAGCAACCUAUUGAUGAGGAUUGGAUUGAUUUAAUAAGAGCACACAGAAAAGCCAUUGGUGCCAUCAUAUUAUUUAUCAUAGUUACGGCUAUUAUAGCAGCCAUUUCAUUUGGUGGUGGCCAGAAAGUUUAUUCUUUGCCUGUCAAAGAUGGAAAGUAUGUGGUGACUGUGACUAGCUGUGGCAAAGUGGAAGGGAUAUUGGACGACGGCGGUAUAGUUUUCCGAGGAAUACCCUAUGCUCGCCCGCCCAUAGGAGACUUGCGUUUCCGGUAUGCGCAACCCCUAGACAACCUCGAUUAUUGUUGGAAUGGCACUCUAUUAGCCCAUAACAGCACUCCAGUCUGUCUUCAGCUAACAGGAGAUGGACAGACUGUGGGCGAAGAGAACUGUCUAACAAUGGACGUGGUGACACCGUACGUCAGAUACGAUAACCCGUUACCUGUUAUCGUACUUAUAGGGGCUGAUAGUUUCGUUGGAGGAUCUCCAGGAAAGAUGCGGCCUUCACCACGUUACUCUCGAUCCAAAGAUGUAGUUUUUGUGAGACCCAACUUCAGAAUGGGAGCGUUGGGAUUUCUGGCUCUUGAAGCACUAUCUGAAAGUGACUAUCCUCACAGUUCAGGAAACUACGCCAUAUCUGACAUAUUAACAGCCUUGAAGUGGGUGAAGUUGAAUAUAGUGCACUUCGGCGGCGAUCCAUUGUCAAUCACUGUACUUGGUCACAAAGCUGGAGGUACUUUAGUCACUGCUAUAUCCACAUUACAUGAUGCUAAAGAAUACUUCACAAGAGCUUGGGCGACAUCUGGAGGAUCGGUGUUCCCUACGAAAAGUCUGCAAGAGUCUGAAAUGGAUAACAAAGGCUUCAUGGACGCUGUCCAAUGUCAGAAUACGGAUUGUUUGAGGAAAAUGGACGCUAGGAAGUUGAUCAAUGCUGUUGAAGAUACGUGGAGAAAGCCAACGCUGGACCUACCUGAAAAAGGAGAGCAACCUAGCUCGAUGAAACAUCAGUGGUUGGUAAUAGAUGGUAGGAUUAUCAGAGAGGCACCCGAGAAGGUAUUGACAAGAGAAGAUGGCCUGAAAGUCGACCUUGUCAUUGGUAGCACAACUCAUACAGCAGCUUCGCCAAAACUGCUCCUGAAAUAUGUUGAGUGGACGCCAGAGAUUUAUAAAGAUCAUGUCAAUAAGUCUCUUUUGGGAGAGAGAGGCCUUUGGUUUGAAGCAUGCCAGAUGUUUCCUAAUCAAUAUCAGGGUAUAAGCCAAUUAGUUUCCGAGGUCCGUGUAACUUGUCCGCUGUACCUGCUGACGUCACAGAUGCGUAACGUGCCCUUCUACAUAGUGGACCAAAGACGUGCUGACACGAGUCUGGCGGACGCAGAUUCGGACAUCGAAGCCUUUUUCGGACGAUACGAUCCUCUCAUAGCUCAACAAAGAAGAUAUUCGUCUUCUAUGCAGGGCUUUUUCUAUAACUUUGUAUGGCAUGGCAAACUUCCAGACAUGAGCGAAGGAAAGGUGUUUAUAAUAAGACAAGAUUUGCAACCAAAGAAAGAUUUGGACCACUGUGACUUCUUUAAAGAGCAAAAAAUUGUACCUCAAUAUGCCGCUUUAGACUAAUUUUCAGACUAGUACUGUCAACGAGAUGUUAGAAAUUUUGGGUUAUUACCUUCACAUGCAAAUUGGCUCAAUUUAUGUAUUCAGAAAGCUAAAACUGUCCAUGGCGCUUCAACUGUUGCUUACACAGUCUAAUUUGUAGCGAGAAAAUUAAUAUGUCAUGCGCAUAUCAAUUUAGCUGGUAAUAUGUCUAGUUACAGACUAAAUGAUAGUGUUAAAUGUAAAUGUCGGGAUUAGUAGGAGAUUUCGCUGUAAAUUUACCAAUCUGAAUCCAAAAAUUGAGUGCCUCCUCUUGAUAAAGUCUAUAAUACUCCAACGUCAUUAGGACGAGCUUAGACAGAUGAUAUACUCGAAGACUGUUAAACAUCAAUGGGAUGAAAAAAGCACGAAGAAUUUUCAUUCUCAACUCAAUGAUAGGAGAAAAUAUGGCGGAAACGCCUGUACAUGGGAUAUCUAGAACAUGUCUUGGUUUUGGUAAAUACACAGCGAGAUUUCCAGUCCGUUCUGAAAGUAACACUUGAUCGAAAUGUGGCCUAUUCAACUUGGAAUCUAGACGAAACGUCUUAUAGUGCUCCUUAAGACUGGACCAAAAUGAAUCUGCAACCAAAUUUGUAGGAGUAAAAUUCCUGAGUAAGUAUUUAUGCUAUAUGUUCUAAACAAUUUUUUAUGCGUGGUACCAUCAUUUCUUUAUAUAAAUUAGUCAUAUGAUGGACGCGUUCAACACUUAAAUGCUGUUUAAUUAGUGUGAUAUUCACAAAAAUACUCCAUUGUAACGAAUGUAUCUCAUAUUUGUAAGUUAUGAAACGUAUUUGCUCUCUAAGUUUAUUUUAAGUUCUAUAUCUCUAAAAACGCCAGAUUAGACCAGGAUAUCUAGAAUUUGUGAAAAAAUUGCAAUAAGCUGCUGUACAAAGGAAUCAUACUCUUUUGGGUAUACGGAAAGUCCCUCGAUAAGAGAUACAAAAAAAUUGUUGGCUACACUACAAAUUUUGUUGAACCACUACACCAAUAAUUCAUAACUAUUUGAAUAUAAGCGUAAAAGUAAUUUUUCCAACUUUGACGUUUAAUAAAAAAGAAAACAAGUAAAAUUUUGUGUAUUUCUCGAUAAGGACGCCCAAGAAUAUAAUUUCGCUGUAAAACCGUUUAUUACAAUUUUUUUCUCAAACAGGGUCGAUUUUUGGCCAGUCAUCAUGGUCUAUAAUAGCUUUUCAUUUUAAAAUACAUAAAGCGUUUGUGCACAUUGAGGAAAGAACAUUCAUUUAUUUUUGUAAGUAUGCUUAGGUUAGGACAUUAGGUUCAUUACUUUACUCCAUCUGCUACCUUUUUGUAGUUAAACGUCUGUAUACAAAUGCCAAAAACUCACAGGUUUAUCAGCUUUCGUGUAUAUAUUUACGUUACAUAGUACUUACUAAGAAAGACUGACGCUUCUGGAUACUUUUUUGAAGUUCUCGCAGAUUAAAAUUCGAAAAUAUUUGACGUUUCCGGGAUAUUUCAGAAUAUGUGGGCAGGCUCGCGGUUCACAAGAAAAAUGAUCUCACAGAUUUUAUAUAACAAUUCUUUAAGGAUAAGUGUGUCCCUAAAAGAUGCUGCCGAAAAUACAAUUUCUUUAAAAUAUCCGUUGAAUAUGGUCGGAAUAUAUCGUCCUAAAGUUAUUCAUAAAAAUACAAUUUUCAGCGACGUCCUUGUAGCGAUAUUUUUUAUAGGGACUUUCAAGAGUUUUUUCGCAUAUUCUGGGAUCUUCCUUACAAAACUAAAAAUUCAUGUAAUAUUCUAUCUUUGUGCCAACAAACUGGUAAACCGUUCGAAAAAUUGGACCAAUUAUGCUCUACCACAGUGAAUUUUCUCAAAGGGUUCUGUGAAAAAGUGAUACUCGGCUAUUACUCGGUUAGAAUAACAUAAAACUAAUUCUAUUUCCAAAGAUUAACUUAUUUUGUAUAUCGUACAUUUGUUUUUAUGUCAAAGAUUCAAAGUAUUAAUCUGUGACUGUUGAUGGUCGGCAGGAAUUUUGAUCUCUAAUCUGUCUCUCUGUUUUGUAUUUUAAGUAUUUGUAUAUAAUUUUGUAGGUAUAUGUUUUAUACUCCGAAGUAGCUUUAUAUAAUUAUAGAAAAUGUAAGCUAAACAUAUACAAGGCUAAUAAUUGCAUUUUGUAUCCAUGUAUUCAGAUAGGUUUUAUGCAGCUUUGUAUGUCCAUAAUCAUACAGUGUAAUGUGAGUGAAAUGGUUUUCCAUGAAUUUGUAAUAAAUUUUUAUUUGUAACGUAUA